UAUUUACCUGCGCCGUGCUUCGCCGCUUCAAUCAUGGCAGCACAUUUAAAAAAGCGAGUGUACGAGGAGUUCUCCAAAGUUGUUCAGAUUCCCCAUGAAGAAGCCUCGGUGAAGAAGCUCCGCCUGUCCAAGCCCAGUAAAUCUGCGGCGCUACACAUCGACCUGUGCAAGGCCACCAACCCCACCGACGCCCUUCAAUAUCUGCUGCAGUUUGCUCGUAAGCCUGUGGAGGCAGAGAGCGUGGAGGGUGUGGUCCGCAUCCUGCUGGAGCACUACUACAAGGAGACUGAUAACUCGGUAAGGCUGAAGAUUGCCUCUCUGCUGGGCUUGCUGUCUAAAACCCAAGGCUUCAACCCAGACUGCAUCAUUGAUGAUGCCAUCAACACACUCAACAAUGAGAAGUCUCACCAGGUUCUGGCCCAGUUGCUGGAGACUCUGCUGGUUAUUAGCACACAGCUUCCUGAGAAUCUCACAGUCAGACAGAGACUUCGAGAAGUGGCCUGCAAGCAUCUAUCAGAUACACAUUUUGGGGUUAGGAUCAAGUGCCUCCAUCUCUUGGGGUGUCUGGGCACCGUAGACACACCGUUGAUGAAAGAUGGCGAGGGAGGGAUUUCAUCCACAGUAGGUGGGCGGGAUGUUCAGAGUGUCAUCAGUGACUACUUUGGUGACCAGGACCCCAGGGUCCGGACAGCAGCCAUAAAGGCCAUGCUGCAGUUACAUGAGAGAGGGAUGAAGAUCCAACAGAUCAUCUAUGAGCAGGCCUGCAGAUUGUUGUCCGAUGACUACGAGCAGGUGCGUUCUGCUGCAGUGCAAAUGGUUUGGGUGCUGAGCCAGCUGUACCCGGAGAGCAUUGUGCCCAUCCCGUCGUCUAAUGAGGAGAUCCGUCUGGUUGAUGACUCGUUUGGGAAGAUUAGUCACAUGGUCAGCGAUGGUUCCUGGAUGGUCAGGGUGCAGGCAGCCAAAACUCUGGGUUCCAUGCUGCAGGUCAGUCCUCACUUUCUGGAACAGACCCUGGAUAAGAAGCUGAUGUCCGAUCUCAGGAGGAAGCGCACGGCCCAUGAGCGGGCAAAGGAGCUCUACGCUUCCGGAGAGUUCUCCUCAGGCAGGAAGUGGGCAGAUGACGCUCCCAAAGAGAGGGUGGACACUAAUGCGGUCAACCUCAUCGCCUCUGGGGCCUGUGGGGCCUUUGUACACGGCCUGGAGGACGAGAUGUAUGAGGUGCGCAUCGCGGCGGUGGAGGCUCUGUGCCUGUUGGCGCGCUCCUCUCCCAGCUUUGCGGAAAAGUGCCUGGACUUCCUGGUGGACAUGUUCAAUGACGAGAUCGAGGAGGUCAGACUGCAGUCCAUCCACGUGCUGAGGGAGAUCUCCACCCACAUCACGCUUCGAGAAGAUCAGCUCGACACCGUGCUGGCUGUGCUGGAGGACUCAUCCCGUGACAUCAGGGAGGCACUCCAUGAGUUACUGUGUUACACCAACGUCUCCACUAAGGAGUGUAUCCAGCUGGCCUUACUGGAGCUGCUGAAGAACCUCAACAAAUACCCUACCGACCGCAACUCCGUAUGGAAGUGUCUGAAGUUCCUGGGCUCACGUCACCCGACCCUGGUGUUGCCACUGGUCCCUGAGCUGCUCAGCACACACCCCUACUUUGAUACACCAGAACCUGACAUGGAUGACCCAGCCUACAUCGCAGUGUUGGUGUUGGUGUUCAAUGCCGCCAAGUCGUGUCCCACCAUGCCGGCCCUCUUCUCCGACCACACCUUCAGACACUAUGCCUACCUCCGAGACAGCCUGUCGCACCUGGUGCCCCCGCUCAGGUUGCCAGGCAGGAAGCAGGUGUAUGGGUUAGAUCCAGUGGAUUCUGGGGCUGGUUCUGGUUCGGUGGAGUCGGCUCAGCUAUUCCUGCAGCAGAGUCUUAACAGGGUCAGCACAAUCCAGAACUUGGAAGCACCGGGGGCCCAAGACCUGCUUGACUUCACCAUACGAGACCUGCAGAGGCUGGGCGAGCUACAGACUGAGUUGGCUGGAGCGGCUGACUUUUGUGCCACAUAUCUCCACUGUCAGCUCCUGCUCCUGAAGGCCCUGCAAGAGAAGUUGUGGAACAUGGCCGUCCCUCUUUGCCUGAAGCAGAACGCCACGGCAACAGCUGCAGCUCACCAGAUUCUUGAGGAAACAUACAAGUUAGAGUUCAUGUACAGUGGGCUGGAGAACAGACAGGUGGCCACAAUACACCACAUACGACUCCAGGCCAAGGCUUUGCAGCUGAUCCUCACUGCACGCACGAAACGAGGGAUGGACCCUCUGAUCAUUAGCUGUGAAAAAUUUCUGCAGGAAGUUGAAUCCUUUCAGAGGCUAUUCUUCACAGAGAUGCCCCACCUACAGGACAGCUUUGUGGAGAAACUGUUGGAGCUGAUGCCCCGGCUGUCCUCCUGUAAGCCCAUGGAGCUAGUGAAGAUCCUCCAGACCACCCUGAGACAGAGCGGCUUCCUGCAGCUCAAACUGCCUGAGCAGAUCCAUCGCGCGACGGCCACCAUAAUAGAGCCAACGGGGGAAUCAGACAACCCGCUUAGGUUCACCUCCGGCCUGGUGGUGGCGCUGGACCUCGAUGCCACACUGGAGCACGUCCAGGACCCCCAGAACACUGUUAAAGUACAGGUGCUGUAUCCAGAUGGACAGUCCCAUGUGAUUCAGCCCAAACCUGCAGACUUCAGGAAGCCUGGACCCCAUAGACAUAGACUCAUCACACAGGUCUACAUGUCACACAGUGCAUGGACAGAGCCAUGCCAGAUUGAGUUGCGCCUCCUCCUGGCCUAUAGCUCCUCUUCCUCUUCCCUCUCCUCAUCCUCUAAACCUGGCUGGAGUGACAGCACUGAUAGCCUUCCACCACCAGAGGCCGCCACUGAAGGAACCAUCCCCUUCAGCAAACCUGUCAAGGUGUAUAUCAUGCCCAAACCUGCCCGACGCUGAAUGAAUCAGGACGACAAACUCCAACCCUUCUCAAUGAGCCAGUUAAUUAUCAUAAAAUGAGAAAUAUUUUGUAGUCAAGACACUCACACACAAAUUGCAUAAUUUUAUAAUGCUCUUAUUGCUAUGGCUACAUAAAGUAUUUCA